AUGCAGGCUGCUGAGGAGAGAGUUUCAAAGCGAAUAGACACAACGGAUGAAAAAUCUGCCAAGCCAAAACGCCGUCGCCUCUCGACACUGCUUGAGAGCAAGCAAGAGGAGGCAACCGAGCGUAGAAAAAUUGAAAAGCAAAAGGUGGAACUUCAGCGAGAGGAACUGCAACUCCGCCGCGACGAGCUGGAACAACAGCGUCGCCAGCACGAUUUAUUGCGCGAGCAGAUGCAGCGCCACGCCACGCAAAUAGAGUCGAUACUGAAGCUUUUAGCUGUUGCUAUAACUAAACAGAGCGACUGA